AUGGGAUUUGUGAAAGAAUUGAGAGAAAUUGAGAUGAGGUUAUAUGUGUCGAACGAAAAUCUGCUAGACCAUGGACCAAGGGCUACUCCUAUAAAGGAAAAUGGAAAGAAAGCAGAAGGAAAACCAGCCCAAAGCACAAAGAGAAAUAAAGUUAUUGAGAAUUCUACGAAAGAAAUUGAAAACGUUUUAAAGUUCCGAAACUUGUCAAAGACCAUAUGGGUUUACUGUUCUGAAUCAAUCAACGCUGUUUGGAGAAGUUACGAGCAAAUCCCAAAAGCAAUUGAUGAAGUUGUCACUGCUGAUGGUGUCGAACCGAAAGUUAAAGCAAAGGGUAACGGGAUCAAGACGAAAUUGCUUAGUUUUGACUUUCUCUUUGCUCUCAUGUUUAUGAGACUUAUUAUGAAGAAAACAAAAGUUAUCACAAAGCAGUUGCAGGAAGAAGAGCUCAAUAUUUUGGACGCACUGUUGUUAAUCGAUUCUACGGUGGAAAACAUGAAAAAAAUGCGUAGUGAAGAUCGUGCAAUUGAUGCAGAGCUAGACGCGAUUGUUGAGUUCGGAAACAAAAUGGGCAUAGAUUCAAUUGCACAAUACCAACUUCAUCAUAGACCAAGGAGACCGCCAAGAAGAAUUGAUGACCACCCAGAAGCUUAUGCGCAAUUACUAUUCAAAGAGUUUUACAGGAAAGAAAUGUGUGGGAAACCAAAAGAUGAAACAGUUAAAGCAAUGUGCUGUCUUUUUCCUCCUGCUUGUCAAAUUGAACCUCAUGUGCUUAUGUCUGAGCUAGAAAUAUUCAGUACCACUAUCUCGAGAAAACAACCUAGCUCCAUACAAGAAGCAGCCAAAUAUGCUCACGAGUAUAUCAGGAUCUUCCCAACCGUAUGCAAAGCUUAUCAGCUGUUGCUUACUGCUCCAGUGUCUGUCGCCAAGGAUGAGCGAACUUUCAGCAAACUGAAGAUUGUCAAGAACUGUCUUAGGUCAACUAUGAAAGACAAGCGUUUAAAUGACUUGAUCCUACUGGCUUGUGAAAAGGAUCUCACAGACAGUAUUGAUUUGAACGUUGUACUGGACACUUGGGCCAAAGUUAAGAUGCGCAAAUUUCGAAUAAAGCCAACAAAAUAA